CUCACUCUGACGGGUUUACGUGCAGAAUAAUAACUCUGGAGACAGCGGGACAGACGCGGUGCGACACGAGCCUUUCCGUUUGUAUGAACGAUCGCGAAGCAGAGAUAUUACGAUUUAAUCCACUACAAGAAGGAAAAAACAAACAUAUUAACGCAUAUAAAGUUUUUUUGGGCGCUCCUGGGCUGCUCAGAGGUGUGUUAUGUUAGUUGUGGCGUCGGAAGUGACGGGAAAUGUUUCAUCCUCAUCCGCUACACUUCAGCGAUUGUUGAUGUUUCACUCUUGAUAGUUUGGAGCGCUUUUGAUGGGACGUUUUGCGUUCAUUUCUAUAAUUUCAUGAAUUAAAAGUGAUUCUGAAGAGGUUGCAUGAGAACCGUUUGGAAUGAUCUGCUGAUGGUCUGCCGGCAGCUGAACAUGGAGGACUCGGUGGCAGAGAUCAUGGGGCAGCUCGGUGCAGACGAGCGAGGAAACAUCUCCUUCGAAGACUUCACUCGCUGCCGCAUGCAGCUGCUCAACGAGAUCCUCAAGGAGGAAGGCCAGCUAUCACUGCUCUCCAGCGACUCGGAGGAGAGGAAACCUCACGAGUGUGUGGCCUCCAGCAGCGAGGACAGUCAAGGCGCUCGUGCAGACCUGCAGUCUCCGACACAAACACAUGCUCCGCAGCAGAGCUCACCGUUACUCCACAAACUCCUGGAGCCUUCGGCUGGACUUCACAAGCUCCUGUCCCGCGGCGGGAACUACCUGGAACUGACCAAUACUCUGCAUGUGGCUGAGCUGGCGUCUCUGAAUGAUGGUGAUGUGGUGGAGCUCAACCAGCGGCUGCUGCAGACCGAGAGAGAGAGAGAUUCACUGGAGAAGAGACUGGCCAAAGCACAGUGUGAGGAGUCUCAUCUGCUGCAGGAGCAUGAGGAUGUUCAGGAGAAAACGACACUGCGCUACGAGGAGCGAAUUACAGAGCUGCACAGCAUCAUUGCUGAACUCAACAAGAAGAUAGACCUGCUGCAGGGAGCCACCAUCAGGGAGGAGGAUGAGUUUUCCGAGCUUCGCUCCGAUCUCAGUCACAGCCAGCUGGAAGUUAACGAGGACGACCGGAGCGUCGAUCAGGACCCCGACCAGUCGUCCAUCUCACUGCCUGAGAACCAGUCCACGCUGGUCACUGCAGACAUGGAUAACUGCAGUGACCUGAACUGGGAGCUGCAGCGUGUUUUGACGGGUCUGGAGAGCGUCCUGUGCGGCCGUAAGAAGAGCACAUGCAGUCUGUCUGUGGCGGAGGUGGACAGACACAUCGAGCAGCUGACCUCGGCCAGCGAACACUGCGAUCUGGCCAUCAAGACGGUGGAGGAGAUCGAGGGCGCUCUGGGCCGUGACUUCUACCCCAGUCUGUGUGAGGAGCGAGUGCGCUGGGAGAAGGAGCUGGCUGGACUCCGGGAGGAGAACGAGAGCCUGACGGCGAUGCUGUGCCGUAAAGAAGAGGAUCUGAACCGCACCAAAGCCAUCGUGAGCGGCGUCCGAGAGGAGCGAGACCGUCUGCGCAGACGUGUGCGAGAGCUGCAGACGCGUCUCCAGAGCGUUCAGCCCGGCGCUCCGUCCAGUCCUGGGCGUCUGACAUCAGCGGGACGUCCCAUCAACCCCAGCACCGGAGAACUCAGCACCAGCAGCAGCAGCAACGACAUCCCCGUCGCCAAAGUGGCAGAGCGAGUGAAGCUGUCGAAGACUCGCUCAGAAUCGCUGCCAGCAGAGAGAUCCGUCCUCGGCUCUGAAAUCAGCAGCAUCGGGGUGUCCAGUAAUGUGGCUGAACACCUGGCUCAUUCCCUUCAGGACUGCUCCAACAUCCAGGAGAUCUUCCAGACGCUCUACUCGCACGGAUCCGCCGUCUCCGAGAGCAAGAUCCGCGAGUUCGAGGUGGAGACGGAGAGACUGAACAGUCGUAUCGAGCACCUGAAGUCUCAGAACGAUCUGCUGACCAUCACACUGGAGGAGUGUAAGAGCAACGCCGAGCGGAUGAGUAUGCUGAUGGGGAAAUAUGAGUCCAACGCCACCGCGCUCAGACUGGCCCUGCAGUACAGUGAGCAGUGUAUCGAGGCGUAUGAGCUGCUGCUGGCGCUGGCCGAGAGUGAACAGGGUCUGGUUUUGGGUCAGUUCAGAGCCGCUGGAGUCAGUGCUGUGGGAGAGCAGGCGGGUGAAGAGAGCAUCACACAGAUCCUGAAGAAAGCUCACGACAGCAGAAAGACGGCAGAGAUCGCUGCUAAAGAUCUCCUGACGCGUCUGGAUGGCAGCUGUGGAGCUGUGUUUGUGGUCAGCGGCUGUAGUGUCCAGCCCUGGGAGAGUCUCUCGUCCAACAGCCACACCAGCACCACCAGCUCGACGGCCAGCAGCUGUGACACGGAUUUCUCCAAAGACGACGAGCAGCGUCUGAAGGACUACGUGCAGCAGCUGAAGAACGACCGGGCGGCCGUCAAGCUGACCAUGCUGGAGCUGGAGAGCGUCCACAUCGACCCGCUGAACUACGACCUCAAACCCCGCGCAGACUCGCAUAGACUCGACCUGGAGAACGCCGUGCUCAUGCAGGAGCUCAUGGCCAUGAAGGAGGAGAUGGCGGAGCUGAAGGCGCAGCUGUAUCUUCUGGAGAAGGAGAAGAAAGCUCUGGAGCUGAAGCUGAGCACGAGGGAGGCUCAGGAACAGGCGUAUCUGGUGCACAUCGAGCAUCUGAAGUCUGAGGUGGAGGAACAUCAGGAACAGAGACGGAGAUCGCUCAACUCCACCGGCAGCAGCGCUGGAGCCAAAGACAAGAGCGGGAAGGACUCUGGUGAUUCUCCAGCGGUCAGUCUGUGUGACCUGAGGAGUCUGAGCGACAGCGACCUCGCGGCGGAGCUCACCAGCGCCCUCAGGAGAGAGAAGAAGCUGAAGGGUCGUGUUCAGGAGUUGGUGGCGGCGUUAGAAAGACUCACUAAGAGCAGUGAAGUCAGACAUCAGCAGUCGGCGGAGUUUGUUAACGACCUGAAACGAGCAAACAGUAAUCUGGUGUCAGCGUACGAGAAAGCCAAGAAGAAGCACCAGAACAAGCUGAAGAAGCUGGAGUCUCAGAUGAUGGCGAUGGUGGAGCGUCACGAGACGCAGGUGCGGAUGCUGAAACAGCGCAUCGCUCUCCUGGAGGAGGAGACGUGUCGACCGCACACCAGCGAGACCUCGCUCUGAACAAACACCUGUGCAAAACCACACAGAAGUCAUCGAUCUGGCAUCGGGAGCAUGAAAGAAGACGUUUCUCAGCAUGCUCACGCUGCUCUUUUACACAAACGCAUCAUGAAACGAGGGCUGAGACAUGCUGGCUUUGUCAAGGAGGACAAAUACUGCUCAGUUUUUCCAAUUCAUGAUUAUGAGGUCCAGUUUUUAUUAUGAUGAACGGCAAAAAUCCUCAUAAUUCUUGGUAAUCUCAGAAUGAAACGACACGAGAGAGUACAGCAGCACAGACUCGUCGCUGGUUUAGUUUAAUACUUAUAUUUCAUAAUCACACAGUGUAGAGAAAUACGGUUUUGAGCAAUAAAUGAGAACGUCAUCUCAGAUGAAAAUUCUGUCAUCAUUUACCCAGUUUCCUAACAUCUGGUAAUCUGUGCUCAGUUUAUGAUCUAUCAUCAGAUUUAUCAACUGUAAAUACAGAUUGCAGACAAAUCAAGGCCGCAGAUGAUUUGUUACAACCACUUCGACAAAUUAUUUAACAUCUCAUCAGCCAAAAUAUCUAUGUAUUAUUUAAUCUGUGCAGUCACUUUGCAAUAAAGUCUUGUUUGUUAACGUUACAAACUAAAAAUGAACAAUACACAUAUUUAACUUUAUUAACAUUAGUUCAUUAAAAAUACAAUUUUGAUAGUAUAAUGUUAAACAUUUAUUUUAGCUAAGAAUUUUCAGUACUUUUUUCAGUGAUAGUUUAAUAAACUUUUUUAAAGCACCUUUAAUAUUGCUUUAAAAGAAUAAAUAAAAAUACAUUGAAAUAGAAAAAAAUAAGAAUAAUAUGAAAUCAAAAGAAUUACAAUCACAUAAAUACAACUCAGAAAAAGUGAAGACUGAAAACAAUGAAAGAUGGUCAUUUCCAUUAAUUUUUUUUAUAGAAAUUGAAGGAAAAAGUGAAGGUAAAUUCAUUUUCAAAUAUUUAAGAAAAUUAAACCUUAAUGGUAAAGUGUUACCAAAAUAAAAUCAAAAUUACGUGUUUUAACAUUUCAGUGUUCAUAUUUACACUUCUGCUGAUCCUGAGCAAUUUUUUUAAUGUUUUUUUUUUUUUUUUGUAGCAUUAAUCAAUAAAAACAUUUAUUUUGUUCAUCAUGAGAAUAAUUUUCUUUAGAAUAACAUGCACCGAUGAGUUGUACAAAAAAACAAUAAACGUUUGUUAUAGCGACUUUUAAAAAUUGCAUCUCAAAGCGCCUUACAAGAAUAAAUAGAAAUGUAUUGAAAUACAAAAAGAAAAAACUAAGAAAAUGCUGGGAAUCUGAUGAUAUAAUCUUCAUUUUUGUGUGAAAUCCUGCUUCCGGCUUCAUGUUGUGUUUGUUUGCGUGUAGUUUUCAGCCGAGGACUGUGACGUCACUCAUCAACGUCACCAGAUCUCACAUUUCAGCUCACGCUAAAAACCGAGAGGUUUGAUCUUCCUCCUGGACGACAGAAGCACUUUUCCCACAGUCUGGUGGACCGGAUCACCACAUUGCCUUCUUACAUACCAGUAUUUAUUUCCCCGCUCCUGCAAAAUAUCAACGAGACCUCAAACUCGCGUUUUUACACGAUCCUGCGACUGUUGACACGCUCGAGCUCCGAAGCAGCUCGGACCUAGUGAAGACGGUGAUUAUUAUGCAUAAACAGCUUUCAUUCAUAUUUAUCAGUUAUGAGACAUUUGAGUCAUGGUGAAAUAUUCAAUGCAAUAGAAAUGCUUCUCUCUCGUUCGAGGCGCUGUUAAAGGGACAGAACUCCUUUAAUGUGAACAAGCGUUUAAUAGAAGAAUCCAGGUCCAUCUGAGACUUCAUGCUUGACCAUCAGAUGCCAUUCUCAUGGGCUUUGAUUUUUCUGUUCAUCUGUAAGUAAAGGAAUGAACAGAAGCUCGAUUACGAGACUUGUCCUUCCUUUUGUGAAAAGUAUAUGCAUUUCCAUAAACGAUGGGCUGGAGAAACUAUAAAGGGUUUGUGAAUUGUACUUAAUUUGCACAGAUCUGUUUAUGAAUGAAAUCUUUGCAAUCAUUUUGUUUUAUAUUAAUACAGAAUGUAUUUGUUUAUAUAAUAAAGAAAUAAUGCAACACUUAA